AUGUUUGGCUUUAGUAAAGUUUUCCGCUUCUCCAAGAAAGAGAAGAAGCCCACGGUCCACUUGCCGCCGAACUGGCCCUCCUCCCUCCACAACAAAUGCGACGUACCAACUUGUCUCUUUCCCAACCCACCUCAAGCAGCCGAAGGGAGGUACAACUGCCAAGGUGGCUUCCGCGGAUUUGAGUGCCAAGGAACCUACUUUGUGACCGGCUCCAUGGCCCGCACCAUGGUCAAGAACCACGUCUUCCUGACGCGACGCGCCUCAGACGUCAGAUUCAAGGCGCAGAAGGCUCUCGAGGCUCACCGGCAACGGCUGAUCGAGUUGCAGCAAGCUAUGGCUGAGGCUAAGGUUGUCCCGGCCGCCACAUAUGGCCUGAAGGUCGCUUACGAGCCCUCGACGCAGUGCCUGUCAACGAAGAGCCUUCCGCCGACGCCCGGUCUCAGCCAGCGUCCGAAACGGCGCCCUUCUGCACCCCGACUUCCUCCGUCUCCUGCGCCCUCUGCACCGGCUGGUUCGCCUGUCCACAGGCCACUUCACCCACGCUCCGUGCGGCAGCACUAUCCCGCCGAUAGGGUAGUGCACCAUUGUCACAAUGUUUCUCGGCAGCCCCGACCACUGCCUUCAUCAGCCUCUCGCAGAACCACCGCUCCUUCCCAACAAUCAUCCCUUUCUGUCCAGAACCACACUCGGCAGUAUGGAUCUUCCUAUACGUAUGCCAAGUUCUGA